AUGGAGGGCACCACCUCUGAAUUCUCUCAGGCAAUGGGAGCGGGAGAGAGAGCGGAGGGGCGUGUGAGGGAUGACCUUCAGAGAACUGUUGGUGACGAAACGAAACGAGUGGGGUAUGAAAUCAGACCUAUUGUUCAAGAGUGGCUGAAUCGGGUAGAUGGGAUUACAGAGGAGGCAGAGGAAUUGAUGAAAGAUGAAAACAAGAGCUGUUUCAAUGGGUGGUGUCCUAAUCUCAAGUCACGGUACCUGCUAAGCAGGAAAGCAGACAAGAAGGCGCAGGUUAUUGUUCAAAUCCAAAAAGAAGGCAAUUUCCCUCACGGAGUAUCAGAUCGUGUCCCUUUACGGAACUUAACCUUUAAAAAUUAUGAACCUUUUGAAUCGAGAGCAUCGAUUUUGAACAAAAUAAUGGAUAUAUUCGGAGAUGAUGAGAUCAAGAUGAUUGGAGUAUGGGGGAUGGGCGGCGUGGGCAAAACCACACUGGUUAAACAAGUAGCCGAACAAGCUAAGCAAGGGAAGCUGUUCACAACAGAAGUCUACAUAGAUGUAUCCUGGACUCGAGACCUGGAAAAACCUCAACAAGGAAUUGCUAAAAUUCAACAAAAAAUUGCAGAGAUGUUACAUUUGGAGUUUACGGGGAAGGAUGAAUCCACAAGAGCAGUUGAACUGAAGCACAGACUGAAGAAGGAGAAGAUCCUAAUUAUAUUAGAUGAUAUUUGGAAGGAGAUUGAUCUGGAGGAAGUUGGAAUUCCUUGUAAAGAUGAUCCGACAGAAUGCAAAGUAGUGUUGACGUCUAGAGAUCUACACCUAAUAAGACAAUACAUGGACGCAGAAACAUGUUUCCUAAUUCAACAAUUGCCUCGGAAAGAAGCUUGGAGUUUAUUUAACAAGACAUCAGGUGGUUCCUUGGAGAAGAAUCUUGAGCUGCGACCUAUAGCCACCGAUGUAGUUGAAGAAUGCGAGGGUCUACCAAUUGCAAUUGUAACAAUUGCAAAGGCAUUAAAAGGUAAGAACGUGGCUGUAUGGAAGAAUGCCUUGAAAGAACUGAGAACAUCUGCACCAACAAACAUCCAAGGAGUGGAGGAAAAGGUAUACUCAUGUCUGGAGCUGAGCUACAACCAUUUGGAAAGUGAUGAAGUCAAGUCAUUGUUCUUACUCUGUGGUUUGCUGGGCGAUGGCGAUAUUUCAUUGGAUGACUUGUUAAAAUAUGGCAUGGAUUUGGAUUUGUUUGAUUACAUCGAUGCAUUGGAGCAAGCAAGAAAUAAACUACUUACCCUGGUGGAAAUCCUUAAAGCCUCGAGCCUGUUGCUUGAAGUUGAAGAUGGAAGCUAUCGUGAAGCUCCAAGUUUGGUUUUUGUGGAGGAAGGUAACGGGUUUGUCAGAAUGCAUGACGUGGUUCGUGAUGUUGCCAAAGCAAUUGCAUCGAAAGAUCCUCAUCAUCGAUUUGUGGUGAAAGAAGAUGUUAGAUUACAAGAAUGGGAAAAGAGGGAUGGUGAAUUGAGAAAUUGUACUGGCAUAUCUUUGAAAUGCACACAUGUCCAUGAGCUUCCAGAAGGGUUGGUAUGUCCCAAACUUGGAUUCUUUUUGUUGAAUGGUAAUGAUAAUUUCUUGAAAAUUCCAGACACCUUUUUCAAAGAAAUGAAAGAAGUCAGAGUUUUAAGCUUGUUUCGAAUUGAUCUUACACAACUGCCUUCAUCACUUCACUUUCUUUCAAAUCUUCGAACAUUGUGCCUACACCGAUGUAGGACGUUGAAAGACAUAACAAUACUUGGAGAACUGAAGAAACUACAAAUUCUUAGCCUUGUAGACUGGGAUUCUAGUGUUUCCCAAAGAAAUGAUGCAAUUGACUGAUCUAAGGAUGUUGAAUUUGGUGGAUUCCAGAAUUCUCGGUCCAAGAAAUAUGAUAUCAAGUCUAUCUCGGUUAGAGUAUUUGUGUAUGAGGAUUAUUUUAUGGGGGAGCGAAGGAGUUGACGGUGGAAGGAGGAAUGCUUGCCUUUCUCAGUUGAAACACUUGUCCUGUUUGAGGGCCUUGCAAUUGCAAUUAUCACAUUCAUGUUUGCCUUCGGAAGAUGUAUCCUUUGAGAACCUCACUAGAUAUGAUAUAUCUGUAGGCUCUCGACCGGGCCACUAUGGAGGGAAGAAGACCUCAAGAAGGUUGAAACUAUAUAAGAUCAAAGGCCCAGAUAUGGUGAAGUGCUUCUCCAAGCUGUUAAAGACAACUGAAGUUCUAGCAUUGGGCAGAUUGCGUGAUACCAAACAUUUUGUUUAUGAGUUAGACUGCGACGGUUUUCCUCAACUCAAGUAUCUGUAUAUCUCUAGGAGUGAUGGGAUGCAAUACAUCAUGAAUACAAUGGAAAUGGAAUGGGUCGACCCACCACAUAGUGCCUUUCCUCUCUUGGAGGGAUUAAAGCUUAGAUGUCUCAAGCAAUUGGAAGCAGUAUGCCAUGGCCCAAUUCCGAUGGGGUGUUUUGCCAACUUGAGAGAUCUGAUAAUAGAGGAAUGUAACAGCUUGAAAUAUAUCAUAUGGGUUCCUACAACACAAGCAAGGGAAUCAGUACUAGUGUUUCCUCAACUGGGAUCCUUGAAACUGGAACGUCUGCCAAAUCUCAUUAACUUCUACUCCACAGGAACCAGUGGCAGCCAGGAGCCAUGCAGCUCUUUUUUCAAUCAGGUUGCACUCCCCGGGUUGGAGUUGUUAUAUUUGGUUUCAAUGGAUGAUGUCAAAACAGUGUGGGACUACCAAGAUCCUGUAUGUUCCUCUAGCAAAUUGAAGGAUUUGUAUAUCAAGGGUUGUAAAAAUUUACUAAUUGUUUCUCCAUCUAAUUUCUUAGAAGGGAUACAAAGUCUACAAACUCUGAAUAUAGAAAAUUGCUGUUCUUUAAAAGAGAUUUUUGAAGUGGGAGAAAUAUAUAAAGUAGAAUCCAAUGGUAUUGCAGUCCCUCCAUUGAGAGAAAUGUGUUUACAUGGUCAAAAUAUGGAGAGUGUGAGGAAGGAUUCUCGAGGAUAUCUUGCCUUUCAAAGUCUAAAUUCAUUGAAAGUUGGUAACUGUGCUUCCCUGAAAUAUCUUUUUCCAACUUCGGUUGCGAAGGGCCUUGUGCAACUUGAGGUCUUAGAGAUAUUUGAUUGUGGGGUGGAGGAACUUGUUGCAAACGAAAAUGGACUUGAAGAAGUGCCAAUUUUUUUAUUCCCUAGACUAACCUCUCUCAAACUUACUAAAUUAUACCAGCUCAAGAGAUUCUAUCGGGAUAAGUAUUCUUUGGGAUGUCCACUCUUGGAAACAUUGGCGGUGUGCAAUUGUGACGAAGUGGAGCUACUGCUGCAAGAAAAAAGUCUUGAAAGUGAAGUUGAUAAACAACCUCUCUUCUUGAUCGAAAAGAACACAUUUCCUAAUGUGGAGGAACUGAAAUUGGGCUUUAAGGGCCCAUGGAGAUAUUGUUGAGCCAAUUUUCAAGGGAGUCAUUUGGCAAACUAAGAGUUUUGGAGAUAAAAGCGUGUCACGAUGUUUUGGUUGUGAUCCCCUCUAGUAAGCUGCAAGUAUUACAUAACCUAAAGCAACUCAUCGUGAGAAAUUGUAGUUCAGUGAAAGAGGUAAUCCAAGUGGAAGGUCGUGUGGGUGAGACACUUCCACAGUUAACUAUAAUGUACUUGGAAAAUCUACCUAUGCUUACACAUCUAUCUGGGUUCGGGCCAUUUCUUCAAAAUCUUCAUUCUCUACAAGUAUCUAAAUGUGGAAAGUUGAUAAAUUUAGUAUCACCCUCCAUGGCUAAGACUUUGGUGCAACUAGAAGAGCUUACUGUGAGCUAUUGUGAUGAGGUGAAAGAAAUAGUUGAAAAUGAAGGAGGUGAAGCAACGGAUGAUAAGAUUGUUUUCACUAAAUUAAAAAAGCUAAAACUUCAUUUUUUGCCAAAUCUGAAAAGCUUUUGCUCAGCAAGAUACACCUUCAUAUUCCCAUGCUUGACAGAAAUGCAGGUGAAAAGAUGCCCUGAGAUGGAAAUUUUUUGCAAGGGAGACUCAAUCACACAAAGGUUAGAGAAAGUACUGAUGAGUGAUCAUAGACCAUGUUGGGAGAUUGACCUGAAUACUACCAUACAGAAGAUGUUUAUGGAGACGCAUCCCAAGGAAGAGGAUUCUAAGGAAGAAAUUCCUGAUGAAGAAAAUGCUGAGGAAUGGAAUUCUAAAGAGCAACAUCCCAGGGUACAGGAUUCUGUGGAAGAAGACACCAAGGAAGAGGAUUCUGAAAGAGGAGAAAGUGGAUCCUUAGAACAAAGAUCCUCAUGAGGAAGACUAAGUUCAACUUUUCACAUACAAAACAAAGAAAGGUUUUUCCUUCACAUCUGCAUGGUAUAUGUAUGCAGAACUUGGCUUCAUUUGAGGACAUGUAUUGAUACCAUCCCAGUUAGAGAGAUGCUUGUAAUGAAUUUUCCAUUAGUCUUUUUGUAUUCUGAGGGAAGAGAUUUUAAAGCUGAAGUCAAAGAGCUUGGGAGGAUAACUCAUGAGAUGAAUUGAUACGUGGCCACUGAACUUUUCUUCAUCUAAAACCGACUUUGGGUGGGUGGCUCUCUUUCUUCUUCAAUGUGUGAUACGUGUACCGUGGCACCCAAAAGACAAAUGUUCAACAUGUGUGUGUAAAAUUAAGCAUUUGUGUACAUUUCAUUUUCUUGGCAUUAUUGGUGUGUAAUGUGUCCAUCUUAUAUAAUGAAUGUCUUGUUUAGGAUCUUUCACAUAUAUAUUAUUAGGAGUUGUUUUCUAUUACCAUAUAUUUUUUUU